AUGGCAUCUUUCAUAUUUUCUAAAUUAACAUCCCCUAGUAAGCCCAUUACACCUAGUAAACCUAGAAUUGAGAUUGAAGAAGAAAAUGAUAGUGAUGCUAAAAAGACCCCAAUAGUGAAUGUUGAUGAUAGUGAUGAUGAUGUUGAGGAGGUUGUGGAGGAGGUUGGGGAUGAUGAUGUUGAGGAGGUUGGGGGUGAAUGUUUUGAUGAUUUUUGUGACAAACAAAAUUCAAAAGAUGAUGAUUUGAAUGAAAGUUGUCCUUGUGUUGGUCAAUUAUUCGAUAGCUUAGAUGAAGCGGAGAUGUUUUAUAGGGAUUAUGGUAGACGUGUUGGUUUUGAGAUGAUAAUUAGAACCACACAUAGGCGUGUGAAAAGUAAGAGAAUUUGUUCGCGUUUAUAUAUAUGUCGGAAGGGUGGUCGAAUAGUAACAAAGUCGUUGGAUGAAGAAAAGGAUGUUCACAAAAAAAAGAGAAAUAGGGAUUCUAUUGGUAGAACGCAUUGCUUGGCGCGGAUGUACGUUGUGCAUAGGGAAAAAUUGAAUAAAUGGGAAGUGACAUCGGUUUAUUUAAAACACAAUCACACGAUGAUUUCAAAGGAUGAAGUGCUUUUCAUGCAACGGCCAAGGAAUAUAACUCCCGUUAUUCGGCAAUUGAUUAUAACAUUGAAUAAAUCGGGUAUUGGGCCUUCAAAAACUUUAAACGUGUUAGGGGAGUUAACGGGUGGCUUGGAGAAUAUUGGAUUUGGUAAUCAAGAUGUUCGGAAUGUAUUGCGUGAUAUUCGACAUUAUGUGUUUGAUUCGAGUGAUGCUUUAGAGGGUUUGGCAUUACUUCGAGAAUUGAAACGUAAUAGUCAAGGUGAAUUUUUCUAUAAAGUUGACGUGGACGAGGAAAAUCGUGUGCGGGCCAUAAUGUGGGUUGACCCGAGAUCAGUCAAUGCCUACAAAAAUUUCGAAGAUGUUGUUGUUUUUGACUCCACAUAUCCUAUGUUAGGCCGACUAAACUCACUAUAUAUAUGA